AUGCGUCUGAACUUGGGCGACCGAGUCAUUCCUACUACUGAAGCUAGGACCAUGCCUGAGAACUUCAGUUCUUUGCUGCAGGUGUCCCCUUUGGUGACUAACGAACGACUCAGCCAAGCUCUCACUGACUGGUUUAAAGAGGAUCAUACCUUCACUCAUUGGGAGUAUGUGGGUGGAUUGGGCAAAGGUGACGCAAGUGUGAGUGAACUUAUUCGCAUCAAGUUAUACGGAGUUAAUAAGGACCAUAACAUAAAUUCCGUCCAGGUAGUAAUCAAAACAGUUCCUAAGAACCUCGCCAGAAGACUCACUUGCCGAAAUCAUGAGUACUUUAUGAACGAAAUAAACUUCUACAAGAAAGUAUUGCCAGAGUUGUUAGCCUUCCAAUCUACGAAAAAACUUAGUAAUCCAUUUAAUAAAUACGCAAAACUGAUAUUUGCGUACUUCGAUGGGGUGAACGACGUCGUUUGUUUGGAAGAUGCCACGAUCGACAAUUUCGGAAACGCAGAACGUCAACAAGGCUUAGAUUUUGAACAUUGCAAAAUAUUAUUGACAGUACUCGCUCAGUUUCAUGCAUUAUCAUUUGCUAUGAAAGACCAGCAGCCUGAAAAAUUUGAGAAGCUACCGAAUAAUCUCUCAGAAAUUCACUUUGACAGUCGUCUCUGGGAAUGGUACGCCCGAUUUUGGUAUAAAAUUUCAGCAAUCGCUAUUGACGCAGUUGAGAACGAAUAUCCUAACUCCAUCUAUGAGAAAAAAGUCAAAGAGUUUGCUGUACCACAGAGAUACCAAGAUUUGAUAGACGCAGCAACAAAAUCUACUGAAACUGGUGUGAUAUGUCAUGGCGAUUGUUGGAUGCCCAAUUUCCUUUAUAAGUACGUUGAUGGACAUGCGGUUGAUGUAAAACUGAUCGACUUCCAAUUAGCAAGAUAUGGGACACCUGCUCUUGAUAUAUCUUUAAUGAUAUAUACUUGUACCACUGAAGACAUGAGAGAAAACCAUUACGAUGAUUUGCUACAAAUUUAUUAUGACGCGUUAUCCAAUCAAUUGCAGAAUUUGGGCAGUGAUCCAUAUAAAGUAUAUCCGAGGAAACGAUUUAUGGAAGAUAUAAAGAAGUAUUCCUAUUUCGGGCUGGCGUAUAGUUUUGAGUGUGUGCCGUUUACAGUAUUAGAUGAAGAGGAUGCCAUUGACAUGAAUAUAGAGGGAGAUGAAGCCGUGAAUCUAGAAGAAAUAUACAGGGUAGACAAAUUCAAGACUAAAGAAGGCAGGCUAAGAGAAGCGAACAAUGUAAAACACUGCGUUGAUAGGGGAUACAUAUAA